GCAGAAGCACACGAAUUUCUGAAAAGUUUUUGGGGAAUUCGAGUUUUGACCCGCUUACACUCGAGAAUUUAGCUUUUUUACACGCGUCGCAAAAAGUUCAAGCGUCUCCCUUGCGAAAUAUGCUAAAAUUCAUUGGGGUUUCUAUGUGAUUUUGCCUGGGAUUUCAAUUGUUUUGUCGGGCGCGUUCUUGACACACCAACACAAUACUUUUAAUCCACAAAUUUCCGCGAUUCUUACGGGAUGGAGAUGAAUGGCGGCCCUCCCGGCAAUGUCGCUGCGGGAGCAAAUAAAGCGCCAACCCAACCACAAACACCACAACCCAUACGCAAUUACAAGUUGAUUUCGGAUCCGUUUCUGCAAAAGGGUGCCCCGAAGGUCUAUCGCUACGAUGGAAUUGUGCCCGGAGACACGACUUGCCCGCCCGUCAUUCCGCGCGAUCCACGCAACGUCUUGUCGCGCAUCCGGAUGCGACAAGAAAUGGAAUUGACACUUCCGAGAUUCAAAAUUGACGAAAACUUUAUCGGAGAGCCGCCCGCUUUGGAAGUGACGAUCAAUAACUUGAAUGACAACAUCGACAAGGGGUUUUUGUCGAAAAUGAUUUCGGAAGUGGGGGAAUUUGACGAGCUGAACAUUUAUUAUCAUCCAACGAAUGCCAGACAUUUGGGACUUGCGCGAGUUGUGUUCCAAACGGUAAAAGCUGCAAAAGCUUGUAUCGAUAAAUUUAACGGAAAAUCUGUGAUGGGAAGGAUUUUGCAUGUCUUUAACGAUCCAUUUGGCGAAGAAUGCAAAAACUUGAUAGAGCAAUAUACGACAGCGAAGCGUCCGUUGCCAACGCCAAGUGUGGCAAUCGCCGCUCCCACAGCAUUCACCCAAAGAACGACGAUUCCCUCGUUAAAUUCGUACCAAGAUGACUCCGUGCAGCCCGAGAAACCAGCAUUGCCGAAGCCCAUCAGGUCGGAUGUGAUGGUGCAGCCCGAACCGUUGCCCGAUAUCAUUCCCGAAGGAGUGUACAACGACAGUAUGGACGGUUUCAAGCAUCGUGGUCGCAUCGAAGACGGCGAAUUGUGGGACGAAAGUAUCGGCGACGAACGAGAUCGACGACGUGAUCAUUCCCGCAGUCCGGAUUGGGAACGCGAUCGCUAUCACAAAGAUCGCUACGACGAUCGGUACUACGAGGGCAGACGAAAACAUCGAAAACACCGCGAUCGGAGUCGCGAUCGUAGCAGAUCGCGCGAUCGAAGAGACUCCCGUCGACGAAGGAGCAGUUCCCGACAUCGAGAUCGCGACUACGAUCGAGAUCGGGAUCGAGGACAUGACAAAUCUCGCCAUCGGUAUCGCGAUAAAAAAGACGAAUCGCGUCAUUCGAGGUCGUCGAGGCAUUCGUAUCGACGCGGUGACGAAGAAUAUGGAUCCGGAAAGGAAAGUAGUAGUUAUUCAGCAUAUCCCGCUGCCUACGAAAGCGGAUAUUCGUCGCAAUACGGAGCUUAUCCGGCAGCGCCAUAUUACAAUGCUCAAGGAUACCAAGUGGAUCCAAAUUCGUGGCAGCCACCGCCGCCAUCGUCAUCAGUUGCACCUCCGCCGCCCGAAGAUCCGAAACCACCGGGUUUGGAUGUCGACGAAAUGUGGGAUGAGGAUCUUCUGGAGGGCAGUUCGAAAGGGAAACCUCCUCCGCCGCCGCCCCCUCCCUUGCCCGAGGGACAGGAAAAGGUGAAAUUACCCGGAGAGGAAGAUGACGAAUCGAAUGUUGACCUGGAUACUCGAAUAGCAAUGAUGUUCAAGGGAAAAUCCUUCGGAGCAGCGCCGCCUUUCUUGCAAUUUGACUCGGAUUCGGGAGACGAAGCAAAAACUGAGUCCAAAAACGAGCCAGUGGAUGAUUCAAAUUCGCGUCGUUCAUCGAACAAAACGAGCGGCGACAAAUCCGAAGACUCGAGUGUGACAGAUGCACCACCAAGUCCUUUCCUGUCGCGCGCCACGUACAAAACGUCGAAGAAAUUGACGAAAAUCAUGCAAGAAAAGGCUCGCAAAGCUGAGAUUCGGAAGGAAGAGGGAGCUAGUGACAUUUCCUCGUCUGACGAUGAGAUUCUGCUGGCUCGAGGUACCUACAGUCCCGAACCGCCACCCGGUUUCCCCGUUAAACGCGAACCCGAUGCCAUGUCACUGUCCAGCCUUUCCUCGAAUGACGACAGCAAAAGUUGUGGCAUCAAAAGCGAAAACCACCCACCGCCGUUGCCUUCGGAUCCGCCGCUGCAACCGCCAUUGCCGCCAACUGCUGCGCCCGGCAUGUACAACUUUGGCUCGUAUCCCGCUCCGAAUUCCUACCAAUAUCCGUACCAAUAUUCCGAAUAUGUGCAAAGUUACAUGGCAUCGCAGGCCUCGUCGGGAAUGUAUGGCGCGUAUUCGGGCGCUAUGAAACGCGAAGUUUCCGAAACGGAGCCGUACGAGAAAACGAUCAAGUCCGUGCUGGAACGCAUGACGGAAGAGCUUAAAGUGAUAUUGAAACGGGACUUUAACAAACGCAUGAUCGAAGGAUUUUCCUACAAAAAGUACGAGGCGUGGUGGGACGAGAAGGUACGGAACAAGAAUAAGGGCGAAAAUGAGGCGCCAAAUCGGCAAACUGACACAAAAGUACCGGAUAUCAAUCAGAUUCUCAACAGCAAUCGCAGCGAAACCUUUUCCAGCGAUCAAACGUCGCUCUGUCUCGGACUGCGAGCAGCUAUUCCGAAGUUGCCUAGUUUCCGACGCAUCCGCAAAGCACCGAGUCCCAAGCCCAAAGACGACGAGGACUCGCGCAAGAGCGAAGAAGAGGAUCAAGAUGUUGUACGAGCCUCCGACGAAGAAAAUUGGGAUGCGGAUCUCACGGAAACCAAAACAGCGACAACUGCAAAGGAGCCUUCGACGUCACAAGCGAGCGACAGACAGCCCGCAUCGAGAACGCAACGUCGCAAAGGAAGUUUAUCGAGCUUCUCGUCAAGUACGAGCGAGGAAGAGAGCUCCAGCGACGACGAAAGUGAGGAAGACAGUUCGUUAUCUGACGCCGAUAUUGCCGAAGUCACCAGAAGUCACGCGAAAAAAGAUGACAAACGGAUAUAUUCGGAUACCGAGAGCGAAGACGAGGAAGGAGAAAUUAAAACUCCGACUCCGACGACGACAAAACCGAAGACAAUUGGAAUUUAUUCGGACACCGAAAGUGAAUCUGAGGAAAAAACGCCCGUGGUUCGAGAAAAAAUGCCGACAAAGAGAAAGUCUCGUUCAAAGACGCCCGAAGGACGCACGACUCCAGUUCCUAUUUGCUCCGCCGCCGACGAUCUCGAAGAUUUAUCGGACGACGAGGAAGAAGACGAAAAACUGCCACGCACUCCAGGUCGCGAUUCCCCGGGCGAAAGCAAGGAAGGCGAAGCCAAAAAGUCAAUUUACGACUUGGAUCGCGUUUACAGCGACUCCGAGGAAGAACGCGAGUACCAGGAGAAACGACGUCGCAACACCGAGUACAUGGAACAAAUUGAGCGCGAAUUCCAGGAAGAGCAAGCCCGCAAGAAACUCGAAGAACAGGAAAAACGCAAAGCGGAACCCAAGCCUGAACCCGUUCAGAGUGCGAGUUACGAAAAAUCACCAAUUCUUGAGCGCGCUCCGAGUCCGCGAGAGCCAAUUACGCCAUCGUUAAGUGCUCCGCCACCAACACCCGGCGUUUCAAUUCAAGACCCAAUGGCAAAGUACAUGGCAAAGAAGCAAGAACGCGAUGGCUCGAUGUCACCAAAGGCAUUUGUGAUACACAAAGAUGUGAAUGGCGUGGUUCGAUCGACGCCGCAACAAGACCUGAAGAAGCAAAUUGUGCCGCUGCACGUGAAAAAGGAUGCGAAACAGGAGCAAUCGGACGGUGGAUCGGCAUCAGAUGCGGGCUCAUGUAAUGCUUUCGCUUUGGAUCAUUGUUACAGCUUACCGCCAUCAGCUUCGCCGUCGUCUGGUUCAUCGCCGCAAGAGAAUAAGAACAAGAGCAAAUACAUUCACAACGAUCAUGGGUACACGAAUGAUAAAAAGGAGGCUCCCUCUAGUGCGCCAAGACCUGUCGGUCGUCCUCGUAAAGAUCCCUCACAAAAGGCGAAACGCAACGACUACUACGAACGCAAAAAGGCACAAAAGGCUGCCGAGAAAGCUGCUGCUGCAGCUGCCCUCGCCGAACAACGUCGCAUGGAAACCGAAGUAUUUCGUCCGAUGCCAAUUUUCCGCCCGCGCGAUCCCAAAAUGGAAUUCGACAACUUGUGGAGCUUCUUAAAGUCCGGCAUUGAUGCCGAAGAUGUCGCCUAUUUGCGACAAAGCUACGAAAUGUUGCUGCAAAGCAACGACGAGCACAGCUAUUGGCUCAAUGCGACACACUGGGUGGAUCAUCCGCCCACAGAUCGGAGUUUCAUUCCGCCACCCUCGAAAAAACGCAAAAAGGACAUUUACGAAGCGAAAGUACAUUCCACGGGAUCGGCUCGUACCGAAGGCUACUACAAAAUCGAUCCGACUGAAAAAGCGCGCUACAAAUAUCACCAUCUCAAGGGAACGGCAGCGGAAACACAUUUAAGCAAGUUAAGUGCGAAUGCAGCUGCCAAAUCAAGUACCGUCAAAACGCAGGGAUUAUCGCGUGAGGCACGUUCGAACCAACGAAGAUUGCUUACCGCCUUCGGAGCUAUCGGAGAAUCUGAAUUGUUGAAAUUCAAUCAACUCAAAUUCCGCAAGAAACAAAUUAAAUUCGCGAAAUCGGCAAUUCACGACUGGGGAUUGUUCGCCAUGGAGCCAAUUGCGGCAGACGAGAUGGUCAUUGAGUAUGUCGGGCAGAUGAUUAGACCGAGUUUGGCAGAUCAUCGUGAACAAAAAUACGAACAAAUUGGCAUUGGAAGCUCGUAUCUCUUCAGGAUUGACUUGGAAACGAUUAUUGAUGCCACGAAAUGUGGCAAUUUGGCGCGUUUCAUUAAUCACAGUUGUAAUCCCAAUUGCUAUGCGAAGAUCAUCACAAUCGAACAAGAAAAGAAAAUUGUCAUCUACUCGAAGCAACCGAUCGCCGUUAACGAAGAAAUCACGUACGAUUACAAAUUUCCUCUGGAAGACGAGAAAAUUCCGUGUCUCUGUGGCGCUCAAGGUUGUCGUGGCACUCUGAAUUAAUUUCUCGCCACUUUUAUUGUACAGAAAAAAAACUUUUUUUUAAACUUUCACACUUUGCCAUCGUUGUUUGUUGCGAAAAUCACUCUUUUUUAAAUUUGACCCUCUUUUUCAAUAAAUAUAUAAGAAAAUAUUUAUUAAAAAAAAUCCUUUCUUUAUAAAAAAAAAUCUUUAAAAUUUUUCGUUCACUUUUUGGUGGUUAAUAAAUAAAAAUUUUUGACAAGUUUGUAAAAAUUGUAAGAAAAAUAAAUAAAAAUUAAAU